GCAAAUACAAGUCAAAGAGAGAUGGGAAACAAUUCAAGAGCUAUUUUCUCUUUAUUCUUAGUUGUAGCCUUAUGUGCUGCAAUUUUAAUCACUCCCGGAAUAGCUCAUGAUGAACAACCACCGCCCCGCUCACAAUUUCCACCGGAUUUUCCUAUUGAUGUGGAAAAAUGUUGGUCAUCACUUUUCAAUACUCAAGGAUGCGUAUUCGAACUUUUGAAGUCAGUUUUUUCUGGUCGGUUUGGAGAUGUUGGAGUUGCAUGUUGCAAAGCAUUCUCGACCGUAGAUGCUAACUGUUGGCCUCAUAUGUUCCCGCUUAACCCGUUCUUUCCACCUCUGCUUAAGGACAACUGUGCGCACAUCGUACCCAAUUCCCCCUCAAAGUAACUUAAUGCUUUAUAAUAUAGUCGAGUUAGUUUAGUAAUCUAAAGAAAUUCUCCUAUAUAUGUACCAAGUGCCUUAUAUAUGAAUAAAGGAAAUUCUCCUAUAUAUGUUCCAAGUGCC